CCCCUCAGUACAGGGGUUCUAGGCCCCUGUUAUCUCCUCUUGCCUGAUGACUCAGGCACCCCGCACACAGCAUGUACUGUGUAGUAACACUUCCAAGUUAAGCCAGAGCCAGGACUGGAAGGAGGAAACCAAAAAACAGGAGUGCCUUCCCAGUAACCCAGGGCAACUCCACAACACAAGGGGCCAUUACCUUCCCGCCUGCCAGUCAGGCCAGCUGGGUGAGGAAGGGCUGUGGAGCUAGGAGAGAGUUUGGAGGCCAAAGGCUGCAGCUGACUCAGUUUCCUGUGGGAGUUUCGGGAGAAGAGGGCAUUCAUCCCAGAACUAAUUCUGGAGGUAGGGCCAGAGGCCAACUGGAGAGGGUGGAAGGAGCUUCCUGAGUCACCUGCCUCCAUCCAGCCUGAACCAAUUGUAGGAGAGAUCUUUGUGCCAGCCACCCUAGAAGCAGCCCUUAAUCCUCUAAGCACCUAGGAAUCCACGCAGCUGGGGACAAUUUGAUUCACCUGUCCCAAAAACACAGCCGGCAGGUCCAUGGCUGGCAGGUCUGUGCCCCCAGGACGCCAGGAGGAGGAUACUACCAAAGACCCCGGGCUGAAACUAUCACCGGUGAGGCCUCCAGGCCACCUGCCCAGUAUUGAAGAGGCCCGACUAGCAAGUCUGGGCCCGGCCUCCCGCCGUGGCUCUGUGCUGGGCCCAUCCUCGUCCUUCUCACGCCGCAACUCGCUGGCCGGACCAGGCGUGGGUCCUGGGGGUCGGCGACCAUCUCUGGGCCCAGUUCCUCUUUUGGGCUCAAGGAUUAGCUUCUCUGGGUUGCCCCUAGCGCCUGUGCGUCAGGUGGCACCCUCCUACCGCACAGAGCCAGCGCCAGGGGAGCGCUGGGAAGCCUCGCGCUUACAGUGCGCCCUGGAGGCAGCGCUGGCGGCGAGGCUGCACAACGCGUGCUACUCGGGGAUGGAGGCCGGGCCUCUGGCUCAGGAGCUGUGCGAGUUGGUACGCGUGCGCCUGCGUGAGAUCAGUCCCCCGCGCUACAAGCUAGUGUGCAGCGUGGUGCUGGGGCCGCGCGCCGGCCAGGGCGUGCACGUGGUCAGCCGCGCGCUCUGGGACACCGAAUGCGAUGGUCUGGCCUCCGCCGCCUUCACCAACGCCUCGCUCUUCGCCGUGGCCGUGGUCCAUGGGCUCUACUACGAGUGA